GCAACUGUCCCUUGGCGGUCGCCGUAGGCCGCGAGGCCCGGGAGCGCUUUUCUAUUGGCUGGGCAUGUUUGGCGCCAAAGAGCGAAGCAGAGGCGGAGGCGAGUAUCCGCAGCUGUGGGACUGCAAGCCAUAGGAUACCCAGAGCGGUGUGCGUGAACCCGGCGACCGUUUGGCGUGAGAGCCGGCGGUUAACGAGACAUCGGGACCGGGGCACGUACGACAUGUUCUGCGAAAAGGCCAUGGAGCUGGUUCGCGAGCUGCAUCGCGCGCCAGAAGGGCAGCUGCCAGCCUUCAACGAGGAUGGACUCAGGCAAGUUCUGGAGGAGAUGAAAGCCUUAUAUGAACAAAACCAGUCUGAUGUAUGUUUACAGAUGGAGUGGUUCAAUCAUUAUAAAAAGUCCCUUGCUACUUAUAUGAGGUCACUGGGAGGAGAUGAAGGUUUGGACAUCACACAGGAUAUGAAACCUCCAAAAAGCCUAUAUAUAGAGGUGCGGUGUAUAAAAGACUACGGAGAAUUUGAAGUUGAUGAUGGUACUUCAGUCCUAUUAAAAAAAAAUAGCCAGGUAUUUCUCGUCUUGAGAUACUUUAAAUCUUAUGAGUGUUGA